AUGUUCUUCAACUAUUACAACACUUCAACCAUCUGCACUUCGGUUGGCAGUGCGCAUGACGUAACGCCACGACCUCUGACCCUGACCCUCGACAUCAGUCAGUGCACAGACACCGCCAAAGGGGAAGGACAGACACCGCCACAGCAGAAGGACAGACACCGCCACAGCGGAAGGACAGACCACGAGGCCAUGCUCUGUAGUCGUUACUGGGACAGUCUACAUUACGAGGCAGCUGUGUACAGACAUUACGAGGCAGCAGUGUACAGAUACCACGAGGCAGCUGUGUACAGACACUACGAGGAAGCAGUGUACAGACACUACGAGGAAGCUGUGUACAGACACGAGGAGGCAGCUGUGUACAGACAUUACGAGGCAGCUGUGCAUAGACAUUACGAGGCAGCUGUGUACAGACACCACGAGGCAGCUGUGUACAGACUCUACGAGGAAGCUGUGUACAGACAUUACGAGGCAGCUGUGUACAGACAUUACGAGGCAGCUGUGUACAGACACCACGAGGCAACAUCAUCGGUAAUGAAUCAAACAUACUCGUAA